AUGAUCAAAGGGAGACUCCUCGGCCUGAUGUCUUCAGUUGUGGCCCCAGUUCAGGAGUUCAACAGGAUGGAGACCAAGAAGGUGGAACUGAUUCUGGUAAAGGAGCAGAAUGGCGUGCAGUUUACCAAUUCGACGCUUGUCAGCUCUCCACAGCCCGCUGGGGAAGGAGUCGGUGAGACCCAGGUGAGACAGACCUGGGCCAAGAAGAUCGAUUUCCUCCUCUCGGUUGUCGGCUUUGCGGUGGACUUGGCCAAUGUCUGGAGAUUCCCUUAUCUCUGUUAUCGCAACGGCGGAGGGGCUUUCCUCGUCCCGUACCUGUUCUUCAUGUUCAUCGCUGGAAUGCCGCUGUUUUACAUGGAAUUGGCACUGGGGCAGUUCAACCGAGAAGGCGCCGCGGGGGUCUGGAAGAUCUGUCCCAUAUUUAAAGGUGUUGGCUUCACGGUUAUCUUGAUCGCACUGUAUGUCGGCUUCUAUUACAAUGUAAUCAUCGCCUGGGCUCUCUAUUACCUCUUCUCAUCCUUUACAAUGGAGCUGCCAUGGAUACACUGCAACAACAGCUGGAACAGUCCCAAUUGUUCUGAGGUCACCAACUUUACUCAGCAGAAAUAUUACGAGUAUAAAACCAACCCUGCCGCUGAAUAUUACGAGCGUAGAAUGCUUCACCUUCAUGAAAGUACGGGGAUCCAUGACAUCGGCAAGCUCAGGUGGCAACUCACCAGUUGUUUAUUCGUCGUUAUUGUGAUCCUUUACUUCAGCCUGUGGAAGGGAGUUCGAACUUCUGGCAAGGUUGUCUGGAUUACUGCCACAAUGCCUUACAUUGUCCUCACAAUCUUGCUCCUUCGUGGAAUCACUCUCCCUGGAGCGAUAGAUGGAAUUAAAGCGUAUCUAAGUGUUGACUUCUUGCGGCUUCGGAAGGCCUCGGUUUGGAUAGAUGCAGCGACACAGAUAUGUUUCUCUCUUGGAGUGGGUUUUGGUGUACUAAUAGCAUUUGCAAGCUAUAACAAAUUUAAUAACAAUUGCUACAGGGAUGCCAUCAUUACCAGUUCUGUCAACUCAGUGACAAGUUUCUUCUCUGGAUUUGUUGUCUUCUCUUUCCUGGGCUACAUGUCAAAGCAACGUGGAGUUCCCCUGGAGGACGUGGCCACUGGAGAAGCCGGACUGGUAUUCAUCAUUUACCCAGAAGCAAUCGCCACUCUUCCUGGUUCGUCAGUUUGGUCGGUCAUCUUCUUCAUCAUGCUUCUGACGCUUGGACUGGACAGUGCAAUGGGCGGCAUGGAAUCAGUGAUCACAGGAGUGAUUGAUGAAUUCAAGUUCCUGCGUAACCACAGGGAGAUCUUCACGCUUUUUAUCAUUAUAAUUACCUUUCUAGUGUCUCUCUUCUGUAUAACUGAUGGUGGAAUCUACGUGUUCACCUUAUUAGACAAGUUUGCAGCAGAGACGUCCAUUCUGUUUGGAGUGCUAAUGGAAACUAUUGGAGUGGCUUGGUUUUAUGGAGUUGAUCGUUUCAGCAAUGAUAUUGAAAAAAUGAUUGGUACAAGACCCGGCUUAUAUUGGAGACUGUGCUGGAAGUUUGUCAGCCCCUGCUUCCUUCUGUUUGUUGUGGUCAUUAGCAUUUCAACAUUUAAAGCCCCAGAAUAUGACAAUUACAUCUUUCCAGACUGGGCCAAUGUAAUUGGAUGGUGUAUUGCUGUAUCUUCAAUGGCACUUGUACCCAUUUAUGCUGUGUACAAGUGUGUCAGUCUGCGUGGAUCUCUGCGUGAGAAGUUAGCAAUUGCAAUUACAUCUGAGACGGACCGUCACCUGGUGGAAGAUGGUGAAGCCCACCAGUUCACUCUGCACCACUGGCUCACGGUCUGACUGCCUGAGGCAGAGGCUAACAACACAAGAGUAACUCUGAAAGGGGCAGAAUGAAAGCCUUCACCCUUCACUAACUGAGUUAGGACAAAAUAGCUCAGAAAGUUGUACUUAAACUGUGGUACAUGUUCUGUAAGUGAUGCUACAUAUAGUGUGCAAAAGGGCAUUCUUCUAUUUCUUUGACAUUGGUAACAGCAUCAGUCAAAGGAGAUUGCAACUUAGAUCCAUCUUCCAUAGGCCAUCACCCCAUUGUUGCAUUGAGAAUAUUAAUUAUUAUAUUUAACUUGCCCACCACAAAUUGAAUACGACCAUUGGCUUUCCUUGUAGUUCAUAUGUACGUCUACUGGAAGUCCAGAUAUUAGAUCUUAAAGUAUAAGCUUAAUCAUUAAUGAACUCUCUUUGCAGCAUUCUUACAUUUGGGCAGGAGAUUGUGGGUUCUACUUCCAUUCUAGACUGUAACUAUUAGUCAUUAUGAUUUGUGUAUGGCUCUCUCUCAAAUAAAAUACUAAACCGAGGCCCUACUUGUGUUCUCAAGUGGAUUAGGUCCAAACCCACAGCCACAUUGCAAAAUUCUCCCCAAAGGAUAAAUCAUGAGGAAGGAUGCCAGUCAAUAUCAUUAAACCAGCUAAUUUCACCAUUGCUCCAAGCAAAUUGGCAGCUACAUUAAUACAAUAACUACAUUGCAAGAGUAUUUCAUUAGCCCAUGGACUAUCAACAAUUGUCAAGGAAGGUGCUAUAUAAAUGCAAGAAUUUUUGUUUUAGUUUUUAGUUCAAUGUUUUAUCGACCUCAAGCUUCAAAAUACUGAGAUUCUAUGAUGAAAGGCUCAAUAACUGUUCUGUCACAGACGUCCAAAGUUCAUGACCAUC